GUAUCUUUUCUGUCUCUAUUCGCUCGCGCAUCUCUCACUCCUUUUCACAGAGCUUUUCCAUCGAUAUUAUCAUGCGUGCUUGACUCUUUGUGAGCAUGACAUUGUGUCAGUGACGCAGCCAGCCGGCUGGUUGGUGCUGCUACUGUUACGAGCUGUCGACCAACCGAUUAGAUAUCCCCCACGCAACCCGUAUGGCGAGGAUUUCCUUCAGAUAGCAAGGCAUUUGAAGAAUGCUGCUCUGAAUAUUUAUAUAUAUAACAGUAUAUAUGUCACUGCGUGGGGCAGUGGCUGCUUAUGCUCCCGAGCUGUCAACUCUUGAACGACGACACAGCGUCGUACAACGCAGGAACAAGAGAAAAGAAAAAGAAAAAUAAACGCUCAAGAUGGCGACGAAUUCGACUCUGAGUCCGGAAUACUUGGCCGAGUCCAAGACGGGCUUGGUCACGACCAUGUAUGCGAUUCCCAUUGCGCUCGAGGCGCUCAGCACUGGGUGGCGGCUAUGGGCGUCAGCAUCUGCACAGUCGGGAUUUUGGUUUUCAUUUGAUGACUAUCUCAUGCUUUUUGCGACGUUGGUGGCGAUGACUGUGUGCGUGCUUGGGAUUGUAUAUGGACCGCCGAAUGGACUUGGACGUCAUAUAGAGGCUCUAUCAAAGCACCAAGUACAACAGUUUCUCAAGGGCGACUACAUCUUUAGUCACUUCUACGACAUUGCCAUCGCCUUCACAAAGCUUUCCAUCUUGGCCCUAUAUUACCGCAUCUUUGUUACUCGCAAAUUCAGACUCAUAGUCCUCGGCACUGCCUGCUUCGUGAUCGUCUGGGUCAUCGUCAUGGAGGUGACGCUGGGCUUUGGCUGUCGGCCCAUCAAGGCAUGGUGGGGUGAGGCAAAGGGAAAAUGCAUCAACAAGGAGGCCUUUACGUAUUUUACCAACGUGACGAACAUGGUAAUCGACUUGUGGGUGUUCUUGAUGCCGAUCCCCGUGAUACUGGGACUUCAGGCGGCCAAGGAAAAGAGGAUCAUCCUGUGCCUCAUGUUUGGAGUUGGACUGGUAGUAUGUGCGAUUAGCGCGGCGAGGCUAUCGUUUGUAUUUGGAGUCGCGUCUGCUGAUUUUACAUGGAACGAGGCGUCUCUGGGAAUCCUAUCGGCCUGGGAGCCCUGCUGUGCCAUUCUAUGCGCAAACUUCCCCCCAAUAUACCGGCAUCUCGUCAUCAUCAGCGAAUUCCUCCGAGCCGGUGUCCGGAACGUGACGCAGUGGACGGUGACGCAGUCCCGGAGCGCCGCAACGGGCGUCAGCUCCGAUCGGCACGGGGGUUCCAAGGGCAAGGGCGAGGUGCAGCAUCACGACUGGGCCAAGCUGAAUCACAGCGAUGCUUUUACGGGCGAAACGAACCGCACCGUUACGGAGGUGUCUGCGCAGGGACCGCCGAGCGAUGCGGUUGAGAUGGAUGGGAUGAAGGUGGGAGGGAUCAUGGUGGAGAGGGCGUUUACGCAGGUGAGCGCGCAGGAUGUGGAGGCGGCGUGUUCGUCAAGGGAUAUAGAAGAGGGAAAAGAAUGAGAUUUCAGUUUGCAAAACGUUUCACUUUGUUUUUACUAGAAUAGAUAUCUGUAUAUAAUAGGUCGCGGCGGUCAUCAGCACAGCGACUAUGGUGGCGCCGUAGUAGAUAUGGCGGAAACAAUUUCAUCUACAGGUUCAU